CAGUUUAUUGAAAUUACAUGAUCCUCAAGAAGCCGACUACAGAUGCGAAAUAAGAACUAAGCUAUAGUUUAAAACGGCACGAAUGGUUUGUCGUACGAAUCGAACCGGUUUACCGAUUCUUUAACGAUCAUUCUGAUGAAUUAUCGACUCAGACAUCAUCUCGCGUGUCGGAUUUGUCUUGUACGCUUGAGCACGCGCGUUUCAGAUCAUAUCCAUUAAGUUUCUGAUUAGCCAUUUAGUUGGAUAUAUCAUAACUGUUUUAGCUUUGAUCAACGGUCACGAUGACCAAGUAAACGAACCUAAUCCUCAUUAGUAAUAAACUAACCAUGUUACUGAAAAUAAUCAUUUCUAAAAUAAUAAUUAAAUAAACACACUACAGUAUUUAAAACAUAACUCUUCUUGCACUUGCUCUUUUUGUCCGAGCAUAAUGGCGUCUGGUUUGGUCGGAAGAGUUGUUGGAACGAACCCGUCGAGGGCAGCACGAUUGAUUCCGUCGCGUUGGACAUCAUCAAAAGCUGUCGUAGGAGCGAAACUGAAGACGUUCCAGAUAUACAGAUGGAAUGCAGAUUCUCCCGGGAAGCCUGAGCUCCAAGACUACCAGCUCGAUCUCAAAGACUGUGGCCCCAUGGUUCUAGACGCGCUCAUCAAGAUCACAAACGAGAUGGAUCCGUCGCUCACUUUCCGCCGAUCGUGCCGAGAAGGCAUGUGCGGCUCCUGCGCGAUGAACAUCGACGGAUGCAACGGUCUCGCUUGUUUGACGAAGAUCGAGUCGGAGUCUUCGAAAGUGACGACGAUCACGCCGUUGCCGCAUAUGUUUGUGAUAAAGGAUUUGGUGGUGGACAUGACGAAUUUUUAUAAUCAGUACAAGAGUAUUGAGCCGUGGUUGAAGAGGAAGACUCCAGCGUCUGUUCCUGGGAAGGAGAUUCUGCAGAGUAAGAAGGAUAGAGCUAAGCUUGAUGGGAUGUAUGAGUGCAUUCUCUGCGCUUGUUGCAGCACUUCUUGUCCUAGCUAUUGGUGGAACCCUGAGUCUUAUCUUGGCCCCGCCGCUUUGCUCCAUGCCAACAGGUGGAUAAGCGACAGUCGAGAUGAGUAUACUAAAGAAAGACUUGAAGCCAUUAACGACGAGUUCAAGCUCUAUCGGUGCCACACUAUCUUGAACUGUGCUCGUGCCUGUCCAAAGGGAUUAAACCCAGGGAAACAGAUCUCACACAUCAAGCAACUUCAGAAAUAAGAAUAACACAACAAUUCAAAUCGUGCAGUACUCAUUGGAAUCUCAUUUAUCAAUGGGGUUUUUUUUUUUUGGAGAUAAUAAAUCUGCAAGAAACGCUGAUUUCGGAAUAAUUCUUGUAUUGCUUUUGCAAACUUACAAAUAUCAGAACAGAUGAGUUUGCUUUGCCUUUAUAUUACUUAACAAAAGAGUUUUGCUUUGUUUUAUUGAAUAAAAAGAAAAACAAUGAUGA